GACCGCGAGGGGGCGCUGCACGGGCCUGCCUUCGGCCCCCUGGCCCCGGCCAUGCUGCCCUUUGGAGACAAAACAAGAGAAAUGGUCAAUGCCUGGUUCGCUGAAAGAGUUCACACCAUCCCAGCCUGCAAAGAGGGAGUCAAAGGUCACCCCGAGUCCUGCUCUUGUCCUACACAGCAGACACCGCAUUCAGAAAUUGCUGCCCACGGGACCCCGGUGAGGAAAAUUUCUGCCUCUGAGUUCGACAGACCUCUCAGGCCCAUCGUGGUCAAGGAUUCCAUUGGGACGGUGAGCUUCCUCUCUGACUCUGAGAAGAAGGAGCAGAUGCCUCUGCAGUCCCCCAGGUUUGGAACGGAUGCUGGCGACCAGUGCUCGAGACUACUGGAAUUAGUGAAAGAUAUUUCCAGUCAUUUGGAUGUCACGGCCUUGUGCCACAAAAUCUUCCUCCAUAUCCACGGGCUCAUUGCCGCUGACCGUUAUUCCCUCUUCCUGGUCUGUGAGGAUAGCUCCAACGAGAAAUUUCUCAUCAGCCGGCUGUUUGAUGUUGCAGAGGGCUCUACGUUGGAAGAAGCAUCCAAUAACUGUAUCCGAUUGGAGUGGAACAAGGGGAUUGUGGGCCACGUGGCGGCUCUUGGUCAGCCUUUGAACAUCAAAGAUGCAUACGAGGAUCCCAGGUUCAAUGCAGAAGUUGACCAGAUCACCGGUUACAAGACGCAGAGUAUUCUUUGUAUGCCAAUUAAGAACCACAGGGAGGAGGUUGUCGGUGUGGCUCAAGCUAUCAAUAAGAAAUCCGGAAAUGGCGGGACAUUCACAGAAAAAGAUGAAAAGGAUUUUGCUGCUUAUCUGGCAUUUUGUGGAAUUGUUCUCCACAAUGCUCAACUGUAUGAGACAUCCCUGCUUGAAAACAGACGCAACCAGGUGCUGCUUGACCUUGCUAGCCUGAUUUUUGAAGAGCAGCAAUCACUGGAAGUCAUUCUGAAGAAGAUAGCAGCAACAAUUAUCUCUUUUAUGCAGGUGCAGGAGUGCACCAUUUUCAUAGUGGACGAAGAUUGCUCCGAAUCAUUUUCUAGUGUGUUUCACAUGGAAUUUGCGGAGUUAGAAGAUUCUGCUGAUGCCUUAAAGAGGAACUAUGACACAAACAAGAUCAAUUACGUGUAUGCACAGUAUGUCAAGAACACUAUGGAGCCUCUUAAUAUUCCAGAUGUCUGCCAAGAUAGACGAUUUCCUUGGACGAAUGAAAAUACAGAAAAUGCAAACCAGCACAUUAGAAGUUUGCUUUGUACACCCAUAAAAAAUGGAAAGAAGAAUAAAGUGAUAGGGGUUUGCCAGCUUGUUAAUAAAAUGGAAGAAAACUCUGGCAAACUGAAGCCAUUCAACAGAAAUGACGAGCAAUUUCUGGAAGCUUUUGUCAUCUUCUGCGGCUUGGGAAUCCAGAACACACAGAUGUAUGAAGCAGUGGAGAGAGCAAUGGCCAAACAGAUGGUAACGUUAGAGGUUCUCUCGUAUCAUGCUUCAGCUGCAGAAGAGGAAACUAGGGAGCUGCAGUCGCUAGCGGCCGCUGUUGUGCCAUCUGCCCAGUCUCUCAAGUUAAUCGACUUCAGCUUCAGUGAUUUCGAGCUCUCCGAUUUGGAAACCACACUGUGCACGAUUCGAAUGUUCACUGACCUCAACCUUGUCCAGAAUUUCCAGAUGAAACAUGAGGUGCUUUGCAAAUGGAUUUUAAGUGUGAAGAAGAAUUACCGGAAGAAUGUCGCCUACCACAAUUGGAGACAUGCUUUUAAUACAGCACAGUGUAUGUUCGCUGCUUUAAAAUCAGGCAAAAUUCAGAACAAGCUGACCGACCUGGAGAUCCUGGCUUUGUUGAUUGCAGCCCUGAGCCACGAUUUGGAUCACCGAGGUGUGAACAAUUCAUAUAUCCAAAGGAGCGAACACCCCCUCGCCCAGCUUUACUGCCACUCCAUAAUGGAGCACCAUCAUUUUGACCAGUGCCUGAUGAUCCUGAAUAGUCCCGGUAACCAAAUUCUCAGCGGCCUCUCCGUUGAAGAAUACAAGACCACACUGAAAAUGAUCAAGCAAGCCAUCCUAGCAACUGAUUUAGCCCUGUACAUUAAGAGACGGGGAGACUUUUUCGAACUUAUACGGAAGAAGCAAUUUAACUUGGAAGAUCCCCCGCAAAAGGAACUGUUUUUAGCCAUGCUGAUGACCGCAUGCGACUUGUCCGCGAUCACCAAGCCGUGGCCAGUGCAGCAGCGGAUAGCAGAACUGGUAGCUGCUGAAUUUUUUGACCAAGGAGACAAGGAGAGAAAAGAACUCAACAUCGAGCCAACAGACCUGAUGAACAGAGAGAAGAAAAAUAAAAUCCCAAGUAUGCAAGUUGGAUUUAUAGAUGCCAUCUGCUUACAACUCUAUGAGGCCCUGACCCACGUAUCCGAGGCCUGUUUGCCUCUGUUGGAUGGCUGCAGAAAGAACAGGCAGAAGUGGCAGGCUCUCGCAGAGCAGCAGGAGAAGAAUCUGAUUAACGGAGAAAGCAAUCAGCCCAAACGGAACUGAGGAGCCUGUUGAAAGAUAACUCAGAGUUUAAGUUUACAGAGAAGAUGCCAUAGUUUUGUAAUACUAAACCUUGUGGUACACCGAGCGGAUUUGGUGUCUACUUUGUCACUGCUGUAUUUGUUUUCCCCCCGGUUUUCCUUUUUGCACAACCUUUUAAGAGCAGAGCAUGCACCAUUUUUAGGUAACCGCUGAAAAGUGUUUUGUAUAUUUCUUUUGCCACUUGAGUGCAGAGUGCACUCAUCGCAGUGAGAAGGCAGUUUGCAUUGUCAUGUCCUGUGGAAAGGUACGAGUUAAAUUCGUCGGCUGCCAUAGAGAAACCUUUGCUUUUGAAUUCUGCAUAUGUAGAAUUGUUGCCGUCUGUCUUGAUGAAUGUUUAGCACCUUUUUUCCUCGUGAUGUAAAGGCAGGUUCUCGUCUCUCCUGCUGAAUAGACUGAAAUGUGGGAGAUGGAGAGGAGUUGAUUGAUUGGCAUGCUCCAGGGAUUCUGGUCAUUCCUGCCAGUCUUGCCUUUCAUGCACACCUGCAUCUUUGCCAGCCCCUUUUGAGAAUUUUGGGAAUGUUGAAGAAAAUGCUGUGAGUCAGCUGGUAUCUGGGAGGCCUGUGAGCAUAGAGAAAAAUGACUGAAUUAAUAAUAAUAAUAACGAUGGCAUUUGGUAAGCGCUUACCAUGUGCCAG